AUGAAGCAGUUGUCAUCUCCAAGCCUUGCUGCAUUCCACUCUUGUGCUUCUAUGCGUUGCUGGCGUCUUUGCAUCUCCUUUAAAGGUCUCCCGGCCAAUCCCGACCUCCUUUAUCAAUCCCCUGAGACACCCGUCAACAGUCUCCGAGACUUGACUAACUUCCUUCACUCUGUUGUCACGGAGUGGGAAGGCUUGUGUCGCCUAUUUGCCAUAUGUGCACCGGUUCUUGAUAAAUCCGCUUCUUUUCCGCCAGGGAUUGUUGUACAGCUAUUUGAUGCCAAGAGUUUGAUAUUGGCUUAUGGGCCUGGUCUUCACUAUCGUCCCCUCUGGGAACCAUUAAACCUUCCCGAUGAUGCAAUAGAUCUGUGUGAUUAUCAUGUGGUCGGUGGCGUCUUCCAAUUCGAUCUUCUUAAACUUCCUCGACAGCCUCGCACGGGUAGAGGCUGGAAUUGGACUAACUGUGUGGUACCGCCUAUUCUUACACCCCUAGAGUACACGGUUGGUACUCCAAAAAUAGAACCCGAUGCAAUUGAAGGUACGCCUGACAAUUCGGUGAAAGAGGGAAGUGGAAAGGAAGAAAAUCAGGAAAUCAAAGUGGAUGAUCAGGUGGAUGUGGACAAAAAUGCUAUGUGGUGUAAGGUCGUAUUUUAUUACUCAGUUUAG